UGCGGGAGCCUCUUAUUAUAUAGCCCAAGCUGCGCUCCUUCUCCAUGUCUGUGCCAUCUGAUUCCUGAGAGACCCUGGGUCUGUGCUGUCUCCCUUCUGCUAACAAGAUCAGCCGCCACCAUGUCUGUGUCUCAUAGCUCAAGACUCAACAAGGCGGUAAGGGAACAGUACAUGAGACUGCCCCAGGGGGGAAUGGUGCAGGUCACCUACGUCUGGGUCGACGGAACCGGGGAAGGAGUCCGCUGCAAAACCAAGACCUUGGACUAUGAACCUAAAUCCAUAGAAGAGGUUCCGGAAUGGAACUUUGACGGUUCCAGCACAUACCAAGCGGAAGGGUCAAACAGUGACAUGUACCUCAUCCCCGUCCAGAUGUUCAGAGACCCUUUCUGCCUGGACCCCAACAAGCUGGUGAUCUGCGAAGUUCUGAAAUACAACCGAAAACCUGCAGAAACCAACCUGCGUCACGCAUGUAAAAAGGUCAUGGAAAUAGUGAAAGAUCAGCACCCGUGGUUUGGGAUGGAGCAAGAAUACACCCUGCUUGGAAUCAACGGUCAUCCCUAUGGCUGGCCUGAUAAUGGUUUUCCAGGACCCCAAGGUCCCUAUUACUGUGGAGUUGGUGCUGACAAAGUCUAUGGACGCGAUAUUGUCGAGUGUCACUACAAGGCCUGUCUGUACGCUGGAGUCAAGAUAUGCGGCACAAACGCAGAAGUCAUGCCAUCCCAGUGGGAAUUCCAGGUCGGCCCUUGUGAAGGCAUCGAGAUGGGCGAUCAUCUUUGGAUGGCUCGUUAUAUCCUUCAUAGGGUUUGUGAAGACUUCGGCGUGGUGGCCACUCUUGACCCAAAACCCAUGACCGGUAACUGGAAUGGCGCUGGCUGCCACACGAACUACAGCACGGCCGAGAUGCGGAUGGAAGGAGGAUUGAAACACAUUGAAGACGCAAUAGAGAAACUGGGAAAACGACAUGACUACCACAUCUGCGCCUACGACCCUCGCGGUGGGAAGGACAACUCACGCCGUCUAACCGGCCAACACGAGACCUCCAGCAUCCAUGAUUUUUCCGCCGGGGUUGCCAACCGUGGCGCUAGUAUCCGUAUACCCCGCCAGGUCGGUCAAGAAGGCAUGGGAUACUUCGAAGAUCGCCGUCCGGCAGCCAACUGCGACCCGUACGCCGUCACCCAAGCUAUUGUCAGGACGACCCUUCUGAAUGAGACGGGCAACGAGACGAAAGACUAUGGGAACUAAAGCGGGAGCAGGACCUCCGACCGCGCCGCCAUCUUUUGUGUCUAACACUGUCGCAGCCAAACGUCGCCUUUAAAAAAAAAAAAAAAAAAAAAAAUAUUGUGCCAUCUUUUAACUACACUACUUGACGUUUUUUAAAACAAUCCUUCGUUUUGGGAGGAAGGGCAUUAAAUCGUCUGCCGGCCUGGCUGCCAAUUUUUUGUUUUUUUUUGGCUUUCUGGUCUGCAGAAAGGUUUAAUAGAACUUUUUAAUUGACUUUUUAUGGGUGGGAAGAGAUGAUCGUCUAUAUAUCUGAAUGUCAGGUUAAAUGGGGCAGAGGGACCCCCAGCAUAAAGGUUACAUAACCCAUCCCCCGUGAAGGCAUUCCUUGGGGUUUUAUGGAUUAUUCUCAUGGAAAGAGUUCCGUUGUGUAACAAAUAACUUUUUAAUGGAAUGUGGUGUGAGUUUUUUCCAUUGUAAUGUUAUUAAUAAAAAAAAUAAUAGAAAAAUAA